AUGCACCCUUGCACCGCGGAAUCACUCCGCCUUCCACUCAUUGACCUCCCUAUACCCCGCACCGUCACAAUGCUCAAUGGGUCGAGCCCCCAGGCUGGUAAAAUCUGGAAGAAGGCUACUCUAACUUUCUCCCUAGAUGGCAAACAAAUGACUGAGACCUUCCUAAUCUGCAAUACAGGAUCUCACGCCGCCAUCUUGGGAUUGAAGUGGUUAGACGCCCACAAUCCGGAAAUCGAUUGGAACCUGCGCACACUCUCCUUCCCUCACACAACCCCUGAACACGUGGCAAUUGCUGAGGAAGAGGAAGCAGAUAAGAACCCCCUUGAAGGAGUACCCCCCGAGUACCACCAAUACGCUAAAGUAUUCGGGGAAGAAGAAUUCAACAAGCUUCCCCCCCACCGGCAUUACGACAUUGGGAUUGAACUGACGGAAGAAGGCCCCUUGAACUCUCCAUUAUACAGCAUGACUGACGCCAAAUCCGCUACGCUCAAAGAUUGGCUCAGGGACAAGCUCAAGGCAGGCAAGAUCCGCCCCAGCAAGUCUUCUAUCAGCUUGCCAGUCAUGUUUGUUCCCAAAAAGGAUGGCUCCCGCCAAUUGGUUGUUGAUUACCGCCGCCUGAACAACCAAACCAAGAAGAAUGUUUACCCGCUACCCCGUCCUGAUGACCUCAUGGCCCAGCUCCGCGGCGCCAAAGUAUUCACCAAAUUAGAUCUAAGAUGGGGUUACAACAACGUCCGUGUUAAGGAGGGUGACGAGUGGAAAACCGCCUUCCAAACAAAGUACGGCCUUUACAAGUCCCUGGUGAUGACCUUUGGUUUAACAAAUGCCCCUGCCGCCUUCCAGCAUUUCAUGAAUGAGCUGUUCAAGGAUUUAUUGGAUGUAUGCGUCAUCAUCUAUCUUGAUGAUAUCCUAAUUUACUCUAAGGAUGACGCUUCCCACACCCAGCACAUCCAUGAAGUCUUACGGCGCCUUAUGGAAAAUCAACUAUUCUGUAAAGCCUCGAAGUGCACCUUCCACGUGACUGUCCUAGACAGAACCGCGUAA